CAUGUUAUCCUUCCACCAAGUGCAUAGCACAUACGCAGUUUGUUACAUUACGUCGAGAUAACAGAUAUCCUAACCUCAAUGGUCGUCAACUUUAGUGCUUGAUAUCUUGGUUCGCAGGGCAGAGCGAUACUUUUUUUUUUGCCAAAUUCAUCCGUUUUGUGCGGAAACGCGUCGAAUGAGUCUAAUUUCAUCAAAAUCGUAAAGAUUCUUUUCAUUGAUUUUAAUAAGGAAGCAAAGUUAAGAAGAAGAAAAGAAGAGUCAUAUUUCUACAUGCAACAUUGUAUUCAUUGACAGGCAGUGGUUAUUUAUUUUUGUUUUAUAUUGUAAAUAUCAUUACUGUUUCCAAGACUUUCUUUGGUGUCAUCAUGCUUACAAUAUCGAGACGUUUAUGUCAGAAGAAUCUUCAGCAGAAUACGAGUUAUUUUUUUACUUGUUCUAUAAGAAGUCACUAUCAUGCCUGGCCAUACAAACGAUUUUUUAUUCAGAAUAAAAACGAUUAUAUAAAGUUACAAAAUUUAAAGCUACAAAAAUGCUAUUUCUACACUACGAAGAACUUGCAUAUUCCACCAUUAGUAGCUUUGGUUUUGCGUCCUGUUUUACGCAUUAGUGCGUUAUUGAUGGGACGCGGUGUAAAGAGAUGGUGGGCACGCAAGUCUAAUAAGGAAAAGGAAGAUUAUAAGCAGUGGUUCAGAGAUAGACGUAACGUAUUUCUAGGUUGUUUUGGAGUGUAUGGUCUUAUAUUGGCUAUUUACUAUGUAACUCAUCUUGAAACUGAUCCAUUGACACAACGUUCGAGAUUUUUAAUUUUUAAUCAGGAACAAGAGAAGAAACUAGGGAAAAUGGUUCUUGAAGCUCAUUUGGAAGCUCAUAAAAAAGAUUUAGUAUCGCACGAUCAUCCAGCUUACAAGAGACUUAUAAGGGUGAUUGAAAAAAUUUUUAUAGCCAAUAAAGACUUAAAAUCGAUGAGAGAUAUACAAUGGACUUUAACAGUUAUUAAUACACCAUUGACGAAUUCAUAUAUCUUGCCGGGCGGAAACAUUUUUGUGUCCUUAGACAUCUUAAAAAUUAUUGAAAAUGAUGACCAAUUAGGUAUUGUUUUAGCGCACGAAAUGGCUCAUUCGCUACUAUUACAUUCACUUGAAGCACUAUCUGGUCAAUUAUUGUGGGACUUUUUAGUAGCAAUACCUAUAUUAUUAGUUUGGGCAUUGUUUCCUGAUUUAUCAGCUGCUAUAAUUCACAUAAUAGGAGAACGAAUUGUGAAUAUCAUAUACAAUCUUCCAUUUAGUAGAGUAUUGGAGAAUGAAGCUGAUGAAGUAGGACUUAAACUGGCUGCAAAAGCUUGUAUUGAUAUUCGUGAAGCUGUUGUAUUUUGGGCUACAAUGAGAACACUUACAGAAAUGCAUACAUUGCCUCCAGAAUUACCAUGGAUAUCAACACAUCCUGCACAUGGAGACAGAGAGAAGAAGUUAAACGACGCAAUGACAAAAACAUUAGAAUUGCGAAAGGAAUCAGGGAAUUGACUCACAAUCAGCUAUACCACACUUUAAAGACGAACUGUUGUUCUGAAUCACUUUGUAUACCUGUAUUUUGAGAGGAGGGGAUAUUCGGAAAGCGGGCGGCACAUCGGCGGAGAAGAGAUCCCCGCCACUUCAAAUCGGCAAGAACCGCCACUUCGGUCGCUUGUACGGCGUGUGCGCAUAGAGAGUACCUCGAGUGCGUGUUUUGCGCGCUACCCAUAUUGGAAUCAUUAUUGGCUCUAUGCGCCUCUUUGCUCUCUGGCGGAUAGUCGGCCGGACAGCACGAAGCGGUGGACGGUUCGAGGGGGAGCGGAAAAGCGGUUUGUUAUAAGUUUCGUAAAAUAUAGAUUAUUUUUUUAUUUUGUUUUUUAAUUUGUAAUAAAAUUUAUUAUAUUGUUUUUUAAUUUUUAGUAAUUUGUUUAUAAAAUUUUAUUUUUUACAUUUAUUGCUUUGUUACGUCUGGUGCCCAAAAAUUCCCCCUAACCUUACGCACCAUCCGCAUACAUCCGUUAACAUAAAUUUUAAAAUAAUUAAACCUUCUAGAAAAAUUACAGAGACAAAUUUUGACACACAACUUUUGUAACAUUUUUCCGUAAAAAUGAUAAUAAAAUGAUAAACCUGUAAUCGCGUGAUGAUUGCGUGUACUUGGUGCUAUUGCAUCGUACAUGCAAACCUGAGAUCACUAGUUGAAAUAUAAAUUUAAUUAAAUCGGAAAUAAAGCGCGGAAUGCGAUACACAACGCUCACGCGCGGUCUUCCCGUGCCUCGCGGCUCUCGUCUGCGUCACCAAGCACCCGCAUACGCGCAUCGAGUCCCAGGAUUUAUUCAGUCAUAAAGAAAAAUAGUUUUCUCAUGGUAGAAAUAAUAAACUUGCAAACUUCAACGUGCACUUUUGUAGAGCGCCUACCCCACUAUCCUACUAUGCACGCGCAAUUAGAAAAACGAGAGAACUGAGAGCAUUAUAAACGACCAAAGUAUAAAAAUCACUUUCACCCAAAAGCAAUAUUGAAAUUUAAACUUUUCGGUAACGUAACGAUUAAAAAAAUUCGGCAUUACCAUCCUGUUAAAUCAAAAUUAAUAUAGCUCAAGAGUUGUAGCCUACAGGAAUUUUUAAAGGAUCUCGGAAUAAUUUUUGUCGCGACACCGGUGCGCGCGGGCGCGCACUUCUCGCGACUCUCGUAUGAUAAUUCCGUUUAUCUUUACGGGACCAUUAAAAAUAGUAUCUUUAAUAAACUUAUUAAUUUCAAUCUAGAAAUCAUUUACACUCACUCUCGGCUUGCACUCCGUCGCACUAUAUUAAAAUCCCAUGAAAAUUACAACCGCUAGAGUCUUCCGAAAAUUCAAGAUCGAUAAAAAAAUAGUUCGCGUUGUAAAAUUCUAAUUCUUUCGCUAUGUAACGACUCAGAAAAAUCAGCACUACAGUUUUGCGCGCUCAAUUCAAAGAUUGGGAAAUUACAUUUUAAAUUGAAUUUUAAAGCUUCGAAAUUAAUUCUUGAUCUCGUAUGCGAUUCCUUCUUGAAUUCGCGAGCCGCGCGGAGAGCGCGUGAUCAUUAAAGGGCUUACGUAUAUUGAAAAACUAACAAAAAUCGGGAACCUCUCCUCCCUGGUACCCCUCGUCCACAAUCAGACGGUAUAAAUACGACGCGAAAUCGGAAAUCUGAGCACUUCUUCUAUAACUUCUAUUGAGUCAGCAAUCGGGAAGAGCGCAAACCAUUGCAGCCUCCCAACUUGUAGAUUGCUGAUAAGAUAACGGGUGGGUCAAUAAUUAGUAACUUUCAUGGAGAAUCUCGGGAUCUCUCUCUCUCUCUCUCUCUCUUGACCUCCACCCUUCCGCAGAGCCUUUUUCCUAACUCCGAUGUCGAGGGCGGCAGCCAGGUAGUGCGCUGAAUGAGCCUCGUUCAAACAGCGCCUUCUCGGCGCCUGCCUAAACAAGGAAAAUCUACUCCAUCCUAAAAGCGAGACGCGAGUGCGCGCUCCCGAGCCCGCUCACAUAGCGCCUUCGUCGACUCGCUCUUCCAAUCUGCACUCCUCUCAAGACUGCUAAACCUAUCGAAUAAAGGCAGAGACGAGACUUCUCGAAUCCUCGAUGGAAGAUUUCUAUCAAGCUCUUAUUCUCAUAAAAUUCCUCCUUAAUUCUUUUAGAUCGCGUUAAAACACACACACACCCUCGCACGCGCUCAUUCUCUCUCUUUCCUCUUCUUUUACGUUCACAACGGUAAGAAGUUCUAUUCGUAGACUCUGGUGGCAAGCCUUCAAAAUAUAACUUACUAAAAAUGAUAUCCGGCAAGACAAUCUUAAGGUCCACUCGAGACCUCAACAAGAUCGGAGACAAACCGGAGGCACUAUAACCCAUC